AUGGCCGCCGGUCCCGGGGACGAGACUCUCGUUAAUGAAACCAGUGAGGAUGACAUUGAGUAUUAUCGGCAUCACCAAGACGACCCGGUUGAGUUGGGCUUGGCCGAUGACGAAGGGUGUGAGACCGUCCCUCAGAUUCCAGAGUGGUAUGUCGAAGACUCACCACAUCUUGUCCAUAAAAACAGCUCGUCUACUGAUCUGGAAUACGCGACGGAGAAGCUUGCUCAGCAAUUUUUGGUGGGGAUCCAUGGAUGUAGCGCUCAGAAGCAUCGGGAAUCUCUUGCAGCCCACAUCGAAGCUGAGGAAAGUUGCAAUCAUCAUAAGUUGGAUCAGCUCUUCCAUCACGCAAUCCCUCGCACACUGGAUAAGUCACAGCUCUUCCCACGGCAAGCUCUCCAGGAGGAGACGCCCCUUGUUCCUGACCAAUGGAGGGAGAUAUUCUCGGGAACAACACCCCAGUACCGAGAUGGCAAGCCGAAGCAGGUCUGCCUUCAUGCCGAACGGAGCCAGAAGAUGCCAUCGAUGACCUCCUUUGACGUAGACAGCAUCUUGGGCUUUGUGGACUCCCCGGCGGUAGCGGUGCAUGGGAUCCGGUUCUAUUCGGCCCCGCAAUAUUACCAAAAUAUUCACAGCGAUGUCCACAUCACCAUCAAACGGGAGGCUGGUAGUCAUCAGCGGCCCCGGCUGCUCACAUCCCGAUUGAAAGAUGUGCCACAUUUCCUCUUUGCACGAGUUGAGGGCGCCGAUUUUCUCACUCUUCAUAUAUUCUUUCCCCACCUGCCGCACUACUGCGACUUUACGAGGUUAACUGACGAGCAAUUCUCGCGGUGGUUUGAUCAGAUCUUCUACCCUGCCCUCCGCCAGGUCUGUGCUGUCGAUCACCUCCAGCAUCUGCCGGCAAGUUACCAGCACGCCCUGGCCACCUGUCGUGCUUCCCGGGUUGAGAAUUGUUUGCGUGAUACGCCCGGUCAUCAGCCUCAGCUUCAGAUGUCGUAUUUCUUGCCACCGCAAUGCUUGGCUCAGCUAUGGCAUUGCAUCCUGGCGACAGUCACGCAGCUUGGGUUACAGGAUUUCCGCGAGCCCGAGCUAUUAGUCGAGGCAAAAGGGACUAAACUACGGUUCAAAUCUGCCGCUACGCCAUCCGACAUGCUCGCUGUCCUGGAAAACUUUGAUCGCGAGCUACAUCGCACUCUGGAUUUUUCCCACGUUUGGCAUGACCGGCUGUACGUCGACGUGGGCAAAGAAGUAUGCCCUCCACAUGUCAUUCCUUCAGAGGACACGGGUGGGGUUCCACCACACGAACCGCAAACAUACCUCUGGCGGCGAUGUUGCCUCCGACAUCACCUCCAUCAGCUCUAUGACGGGGACGUUCCGAAGUCGAACCAGAACUUUUAUCAUGAGUCGAUGCUUCGAGAUGCGGGUUCUUUGACGACUCUGACGCCUGCCCGCUCCCGUCUUCGCCGUGGAGGUGUGUUGUAUGGUCAAAUGUACAACCUCACCAAGGAGAUUAUCGAUGCCACUCGCACGUUCCCAUUUCAGAAUCCGGACCUCCGACAGCUGGCACUAGAUUCUCAGCUCCGCAACAGCGCACAGAGCCUUCGCAAGAUGUCACCACGGGCCAACGGGGUCACCGAACGCGCGUACCUUGCCAGCAAACGUCGCUGCCACUAUGGUCUGAUGGACUCUCGACAGCGAGCCUUCGGCAUCCGAGAAGAAUAUCGUAUCUCAUGGGCAUUAUUUCACGGCCUUAUAGCGGUCCUGCGCUCUCUCAGGCGUGUGAACCUCUCCACUAGGUUCCUAGAGCCCCCCCAGCAUGUGUGGGUGAUUCGCACCGCCGACUUCGUCGAUUUCGUCUGGCACAACCUCAACAAAUUUACCACGGGGUUCGAGCUGGUCCGAGCUAGAUGCUCCCCUGGGUUGACUACGUGGGAGCAGACGAAAAUGAUGGAUAUGCUCCUCUCCUGUCUUCGGGUCGCUGUUGGGGGGCAUGAUUAUUCCCGACAAGGCUCGCUGUGGUGGAGUCGUCGAGAAUGUCCCCCACGGCCAGCCAGACCGAUGCAGGUGCAGUAUGGGCUUGGGUUCAGCCAAACGCUAGAACAGUAUGGUUACUGCUGGCUCGAGCCUCGGAUCGACUGGACUCGAAUGACUUUCCUCCCCGAUAUCACUGACUUAGUUCUGUUUGGAAGUGGCACCCUCCAACGACGAUAUCUCCAAUGUGGCGGCCACAUCCAACAUUUCUUUGAUCUUAGUCGCCGCGCUGACUGGGGCCUCGAAUGGCUACAGCAGCAUCCUAAUGAGGACGUUAUCACCAAUCGAAUUCUGUCAUGGUUAGUUCAUCUAUGUCUCCGGCAGAUGCGGUUAGACACUCUGCGCGCUGUCCGUCGUGAUAUCCCACCGGAUAUUCGCUCUGCGAUUCUGGACGAUCAAAUUCAGUUUUGCCGGAGCGGCCUAUCAGCGAUCUUGCCGAGAGGCAUGACCGCAGUAACAGGCAACCGGACUAGUAUCAAGAGCCCUCAAGAAGCAGCUCGAGCCCUAUUUGGCUUCGACGAUGGUCGACUACGUGUCAACUGGGAUAACAAGCCAUUCCGCACACUUUAUCAGCGAAUAUGCGCAGCCUUGCAACAGGUUCCGGCGGACCGAAGAUUACCACAUGUAUUUGCAAACCGACUUCUCCGCUACCUGUUUGAAUACCACUGGGUGCUUCCGUACCCGUCCUCAUAUGAACUAAUGCAAAAAACAAAACAUGGCAACCACCGCUGGUAUUCCCUUGAUCUCCGACCCGACUCCCAUCUUAAUCCAGAACAUGCCGCGCUGGAUGAUUGGUGCUGGGCAAGAAACAAGUGGCGGCCAGGCUGCCCGGCACCAGUUCCUCGAUGCCUCGAUUGGGAUAAGCAUCAAUGGCAGUCAUGGAUCGAUCGUCAUCGUGGUCCACAGCCAGCAGAUAUACCCUGGGAACUCCAAUUCGACCUUGACAGCUCCGCUUAUCAUCUAUCGAAAUUUCCCAAUGAGGCCCAUCGGUAUCCUGUACGGAGUACUCGUCGAAUCAUUUGGGACGUAGACGAAGGCCCGGAUUCCUCUCUUACGGAUGCAGAGGUUGUGCCGGGGAGCAUGCACAUCUCUGAAUCGCCUGUAGGUCGUUCAACAUCCGAGGCGAACCUAAUGGAACCGAACAGUGCCUCGGAAGGCCAGGAGGGAUCUGAUACCAUUAAUGAACCACUUCUUCAACCACCAGACCUCCAAACUGUCCCCUCAAGUCAGCUGCGUCUCCAGCAGUAUGAGUCGGAACUCCAGUGUGAGGUUGCGGUCCAUCAACAAAUGGAGCAGAGCUUGGCGACUGUUCGAAAAUGGAUCACAUAUGGCUGCGAGCUGGCCUUCAGGCAGCAGGAAUUAGCUCAGAUCCAGUCUAGUAUUCAGGGAUCCAUGACGCUCUUUGGUGCAUCACCGGUGGUUACUCAAGUGCAGCCUACCCCAAAUCUUGCCCGGCCGGUGGAGAUCCAUCAACCGUCUCGACGGAUGACGGCGAAUCAUCAUAGAUCCCAAAGACAAGGCCACAAUCCAUCUGGAAAGCGAGGCCGACCUCCAAAGUAUGCAACUCGACAAGAGAGGCUGGCGGCUAAUGCCUAUCGACGGCGGGUCAAACGGCAGCGUGAGGCUUCCAACAGGCAAAUUGUGGCAGGUGACCACAACACCACAACGCCCGGAUGGAGAUUAUUUUAG